UGGACCGCGAGUGCAGUGCCGUGAUGUCCGCGAGUGAUAGUGUUAGUGCGUGAGCGUGUUCGAGUGUAAGGAAGUGACGAUGGACUCGUCACUCGGUCGUCGCAGCGGGGGUGUCAUGAGACUCCGGAGGGAGCGUCGUGGGGAGGACUGGAGGGAGUGCAGUACCAGCGAGGAGGAGCGGGAGAGGGAGGUGUACUCGGCCGGGAUCGCAUCCAUUCUAGCGGGUUAUGCUCGAGGAGACCCGUAUCUGGCCAGCGAGGAGGUGCCAGUGACGGAAAGGAGACCUCCCAGCGGGUCAAACUCACCCACUCUACCGGCACACUACAGACAUGCUAGCCCCAGCCGGCAGGCAUCUCCCUAUCCAAUUGAAUCAACCAACUUAACGUCAGGGACCUCUACGCCGGUGAACCCCAGCUUGAGUCCACGGUUCGCCAGCCGCCCCACCACGUACAAGAAACCUCCCUCGCUGAACCCGAGCAAGAGUAGCACCGGCACCAUCGGAAGUCGGCGUAAACAACACGUGACGUCAUCGUCCAGCAUGACGUCAUCGGCCAGUUCUGACAACUGCUGUCAGAGUGACGUCACUUACCCAGAGGUUGAGGGCCGGGACAGGAGGAAAGACCUGGUGGAAGAAUCAGGCGAGCACUCUCCCCCAGAACCUGCACCCCCCGAGGUGCCCCCCAGAGGGCCUUCACUGCACCACCCCUCCCUUGGCCACCGUGCCAGGACUACCCCUGACAGUGUCAAUACUUCAUUCGUCUUCCCGUCUCAAGUGAGCUACGAGGAUUGCCCGUUACCUGAGGAAAUGAAACAGGACAAGCCGCGAAAGGAAUACGUAAACAAAGAUUACUUGAUGCCAGGAAGUCCCAGAUCGUAUCCUAGCAAGUCACCAGACUAUAGUCCUGCCACCGACCUUCCAACUUCUCAACACCAUCACAGGUUGGGCUCGACUCUCAGCUCGACGACAACUGCCGGAGGCGGCAUGUUGGUCUCCGCCCCCAUGGCGCCGCCUCCAGUGAACCCCAUGUUUCCGCUCAGGCCCACCGCCCCCGGACCCCAGUACUCGCCGUACUCCCCUUCCCGCUUCCACAUUGACAAACGCUGCCGCCACCGCUGCUCCUGGAAGUGCUGCAGCAUCGCGCUGAUCCUCCUGUCCGUCGCCCUCACCGCCAUGCUCGCCUAUUUUGGAGCAGUAAACUCGAUGAGGUCUAACCUCGAUCCCAGCAGUUGUAUAUUAGUGGAAGAUGCCAAGGUGAUAGCAGCUGAUGACCAAAUGGCGCGGGAUUCGACAGCUUCAGUCCAGACUCCUACAGAAGAAUCGCCUCUGACGAGCACCGCAGUCCACUACAGUGGUCCAAGUCCGAGCCAGGCCGCCAGCAGCGACCAGAGUCAGCAGUUCCCGCAGCUGGACCUGGAGAUAGACGAGUUCCGAGCACCGCAUCGCACCACCAUCCCUCCCGCACAGUUCUGGAACAUCCAAUUCAGGAACAAGCAACCUGCGUUCAUCAGGUUCAACAUGAGCCUUCCGUGGGGAGCCAACUUCGCCGUGUACGGGAGACGCAACGUUGCACCCAGCAUAACCCAGUAUGAUUUCUCUGAAUUCGUGAAGGGCGGAAGAGUGGACCACAGGAUAAAACGGGAGACUACGAAAUUGUUGGCGGAUUUCCAGCAUGCAGUCAGUUUCACUCCUUUAACAUCGGAAAAUACGAGGUAA